GAAUUCAGUGCAGAAGGAUAGAAGGAGACCUAGAACUACCUAUCUACAGUAUAUUGUGCUAGUCAAAAGAACUCGAAAACUAAGCAAUAACUAUACUUGAAGAUUCUUCCUACUCCUGAAGAUUUCAGAUUCAAGAUGCUUGGAUUAUAUGAGAAGUUGACCCUGCUGGCAGCGGUGUCAUUGUCCCUCCUGGCCUCUCUGGCCCUGUUUUCCCCCGUGGUAGGUCCAGAGCCUAUCCGCUGUGCCCCCUGUAACCAGGAGAAACUGGAUGAAUGCCCGGCCAUCUCCCCAGACUGUAAGCAGGUUCUAAGGGAGCCGGGAUGUGGCUGCUGCUUAGCAUGUGCCCUGGCGAAGGGGGCCUCCUGUGGGGUGUACACGGCCCACUGUGCUGAGGGGUUCAAAUGCAGCCCUAGAUCUGGAGACCCCAGACCUCUCUACUCUCUCACUAGGGGACAGGCUAUCUGCAUCGAGGACAAGGGACAAGAGGUAGUAGAAUGGUUGACAGACCUCAGCUCCCUGCCCUACCUCCUGGGACUUAACACCCCCUUUGACCCAAGAGAUGAGGGGAAUCAGGAGAGCAUCAAGGACAAGGUCAAUGUUAUCCGCAAGAACCUGGUGGAACAGGGGCCCUGCCACAUUGAGCUGCAUGCAGCCCUCGACAGGAUAGCCAGCUCUCAGCAGGAACUAGGAGAGAAGUUCACCACCUUCUACCUCCCUAACUGUGACAAACAUGGCUUCCACAAGGCUAAGCAGUGUGAGUCGUCUCUGGUGGGACCCCCUGCCAGGUGUUGGUGUGUAUCCUCCUGGAAUGGGAAGAAGAUCCCGGGGUCAAAUGACCUACUAGGAGACUCAGAGUGUCAGCAGGAGCUCACUCACUAAAGCCUGGACGCUCCGACAUACAUUUACAGUAUGCAUAUAAUCGGACACACACACACACACACACACACACACACACACACACACACACACACACACACACACACACACACACGCAUGGACAGACGCGUAUGGACAUAUACUGUGUCAUUUUUUACUCAGCUUAAACACUACUUAACACAUGCCUACACACAUCAACAUCCACCAAAUAUACUGACUUUCUUUCUACAAAUCCGUACAAAAACACUCUCAUUCACAUGAGCACACAACAUAACAUUUUAUUGAAUUUUUUUUUUUCGAAAUGACUCUUAAUUUAUUUACAUGACGUAUCACACCUUAUUUAUUCAAAACGUGUAUGUGCUUACUAGUAUGAACCAUUUGUAAUUUUUUGAUUAUUUAUAUGUUUGUCUAUUUUCUGAUUGUAAAUAGGGCAACAGUGUAUACAUUUGUGUUUCUGACUAAAUAACUCCAUCUCUGAAGACCACAGGUCUCCAGCUCUGCCAAACCCGGUCCAGGGUCUUCAGAAUCUGUUUUUGAUUCAUUCAACCCAGUGGACUUAUGUAAAUGAAACAACACAUCCCCUCAUUCAGUCGACAUGUUGACAGUGUCGGAAUGUAUUCUCAUUGAUAUUUCCUCAAUGGGCAUCGGGGAAAUACUUAAAGUGCCACAAGUACGCAUCUGUUGGCCAGGCACAAACAUGUCACUGCUCAUUCAAGCCACUGUUUAGUCUUUUAUCUACCUCUACUGGUCUGUGCAGGUCUUCUGGUUUAGCAGGGGUUUGUUGUGACACUCGUCGGCGCACACACCGCCCUCCUCAUGUAAAGUCAUUGUUUUGUUUGUCUGAAAUGACGUCUUAUCUCUUUUUGUUUCAUUUGAUGCCAUGACUACAUGUCUAUUUAUUAUAUGUCAAGCCGCUGUUCCUGACAGAAAUAAACUCAGCAAAAAAGAAAGAAAUGUCCUCUCACUGUCAACUGCAAUUAUGUUCAGCAAACUGUGUAAAUACUUGAAUGAACGUAACAAGACGCAACAACUGAGACAUAAGCUGAACAAGUUCCACAGACGUGACUAACAGAAAAAAGUAACAGUCAGUAUCUGCUGUGGCCACCAGCUGCAUUA